AUGGGAGCUGCCGAAGUUGUGCAGACAGAAGCAACGGAGCGGCAAGGCCAGCUGGAGGGAGAACUUGCAGGAAGAGAAACUGGUGGUGACAACGGAGAGCCUCUACAAAUGAUGAGUCUGAAGCACGUUGCAGAGAGAGGCGAGGAAAUCCUUGACGUCCUUAGAAAACGCCACGAAUCGACGGGCUUGGUGGAUGCGGCGCGAAAUCUUAUCGAGAAUCUCCUUCCGACCCAUCGCCGUCUGCAAGUGGAGGCCUGGCGAAGAGCCACGGAGCGCCGCCAGUGCGCAGCGGCCGCCUUCGCAGCUUCCCAAGAGAUCGCCAAAGCAAACAAGCAUGAAGCCGGCACUGAAGAAGAGCCGCAGUCAGAGCUCGCGUCUCUCCACAAGCAGGCCGCACAGACGCGUGCUGCUGCAGCCCGUCGGGUUCAAGAGCUUCGCGAGUCUGGAGAGAAAAUCAGUGAAAUCAUGAAACGGCUUCCCAAUGCUUUGGACACUCGGGUUCCGCUGGGGAUGGAUGCGCGGGAUAACAAGGAACUCGAGCGCUGGUGGCCGCCGUCGCUCUCUGUUUCGUCGUCUUCCCUGCAUCCUGACGUGUCUCCAUCUUCUCUUCUUUCUCGUUCUUCGUCGAUUCCUCACCAGAUGCGUACCGAUCGAACCUUACAAGAGGGGGGAGGAGCAACUGUGGAGGAGAGAGAAAGCACCAUCGAUGGGGACCUCGCGAGCUCCGGGUUUUCAGAGAAGGUAGACAAUGACCGUGCCUCGACUGCGAGUACUUCUGAUGAAGGCCAGCAAAGGUCGGCGUUGUCUCCACCUGCGUCCCCUGCGCUCCUAGAUCACUCGAACCUUCUCUCGCUCCUGGACGCCUCCACAGAUGGCGAGGCAACUACUCGCAUGGCAGGCAGACGCCACUCCGCCCUACAGGGAAUGCUCGCUCGAUUGCACAGAGGCCUAAAGAACUACUUCCUCGAUUUCCUUCUCUCUCUCGAGAUCGGAGACGGCAAGAAGUUCAAGGAGAUCGGCGUUCCUCCCUUGAUUGUCAGCCGAUCCACUCUCGAAGGCACCGGCCAGCUGCCUCGUCUCGAAAACGGUCUCUUUGCUCUCUCGGCGACGCCGAACUGCCAGAUCGCCGGGGAGGAUGCAUUUCUUAUUCCGACUGCGGAAGUGCCUCUCGUUGGCUUCUACAGGCAAAAGAGGAUCGCCGAAGAGGAGCUGCCCAUACGUAUUGCUGCUGCGACGCCCUGCUUCCGGCUGGAAGACGGGACGUACGGUCGCUGGAAUCGAGGCCUUCUUCGACAGCAAGUCUUUGAGAAGGUCGAGUCUGUCGUCAUCUGCACGCCGGAGCAAGCAGAAAGGGAACACGCGAGACUGCGUUCAAUAGGGAAAACGCUGCUUAAGGAAUUGCAAAUUCCGUUUCGCGAAGUCCUCCUCUGCAGCGGAGACAUGAGCGCCACCGCCGCAAUAUGCUACGAUCUUGAGGCGUGGGUCCCGAGCCUCCAGGGAUUUCUCGAAGUUUCCUCCAUCUCAAACUGUUGGGACUAUCAGUUUAUCCGAGAGGAUCAAGCUGGCAAGCGACGCGGUGUGCGGAUACCCAAGCCCCUUCAGCCCUAUCUCGCAGGUCUAGAAGAAAUUCUCGAGGCCGGUCCGUCGUUGUCGGGCUGA